ACGGAGGAGUUUAACUGACGGACAAGAUGGACGCUGCUUUCAGUCGCCAGAGUUUUGAACCAAAGUUUCAGUUUCAGCGUCUUUAAGUUCAUGUGACGUCGAUCGAGAGUUUACGAUCUAACAAGUUAAAAACUGUUGAAGUUAAAGUGACGUAGAUUUGAACAUGGCGCGGUCCACACAGGAGAGUUUCCCCGGGGACACCACAGGGACAACGGGUGAACUGUCCCCGUGUGUCCCGGGACAAACGUCCAGAGACUCGACCCGGGGGGGGGCGGGCGGCCUCGGAGGGGCAGAGACUCUGGUGUCCGGCUUCAAGCAGAUGAAGCUGGAGCGAGAAGCUCAGAAGAACUGGGACUUGUUUUACAAAAGAAACUCGACGAAGUUCUUCAAGGACAGACACUGGACCAGCAGAGAGUUCCAGGAGCUGCGAGCCUGCAGACAGUUUGAGUCUCAGAGGUUGGUUCUGCUGGAGGCCGGCUGCGGUGUGGGGAACUGCAUCUUCCCCCUGCUGGAGGAAGAUCUCAACGUCUUCGUUUACGCCUGUGACUUCUCUCCACGAGCUGUGGAGUUCGUCAAACAAAACCCUCUGUACUGCCCCGAGCGCUGCUGUGCCUUCCAGUGCGAUCUAACCAAAGACGAUCUGAAGACAAAUGUCCCGGAGGACAGCGUGGACGUCGUCACUCUCAUCUUCGUUCUGUCGGCCGUCCACCCCGAUAAGAUGAAGCUGGCUUUGCAGAACAUCUUCAGGGUGCUGAAGCCUGGAGGCGUUGUCCUGUUUAGAGACUAUGGGCUGCAAGACCACGCCAUGCUGCGAUUUAAAGCAGGCAGCAAACUGGGGGAGAACUUCUACGUACGGCAAGACGGAACCAGGUCGUUCUUCUUCUCUAAAGAGUUUCUGGCUGAGCUCUUUACGGAUGCAGGCUUCCAGUCUGUUGCUAACGACUAUGUCCUGAGAGAGACAGUCAACAAGAAGGAGGGGCUUUGUGUUCCCAGGGUGUUCCUGCAGAGCAAAUUCACCAAGCCCGGCCAAUCAGACAGCUCCUGACGUCACGUGGCCGCCACUCCUCUCCCUGUGAAUCUCCAGAGACAAGAAGAAACACGAGACUGAAACGUCCAGCUGAAGCUUAAAGGUGAAGAAGGUUCCUACUGGUGAUGUCUUCUUUAGACCAUGAGGUGGGUCUGUACCAUAAUCCCUCCUCUGACUCGAUCACUGACUCGUUGGAGCGGCUUCUUCACCAUCAGAUGAAGACUGAGCUUGUGCUGGGAAUCUUAAAGAGGGACAUAAGUGGAACUUUACCUUAUUUACCUUUAAAUCGCCGAAAGCUCUUGAAUCUUGUCGUGGCAUCCAAGUUGAUAUCUUUGUUUCUUCGACACGUGCGGCUCCUCUGCUUCAUCCUGAGAUAUUUGUAUUUUUCCAGUUUUGUAAAAUUAGAAAUGUCAACACUGAAGUUUCCAGACAGUUUAUUCGGGGACUGGCAGGAAAAGUCACGAAAAAUAUCUGGAGCGACAGACUGAGAUAUUUGUGGUGUUUGAAUGUAUUCGAGACAAAAAGACAAAAGUUUCCACUCGUUCUACCUGAAAACUUUUCACCCAGCCCAAAAAAACUCUUGCGAUGGCUCACAGGCUCUCACAGCACACGUGGCUCUAAACUUGAUUUCGAAACUUUACCCGAGCCACUGCAGCUUCCUGUCCUGUGGUCGGACUCGUGCAGCCCCUCAAUCGAAAUCAAAAAAACAGAGACAGGUGGAAACGGUGUCACACCUUGAAGUUUUUUUCUAGAUGUGCAUGAAAACAAAGCAUCUACAGUCUCUUGUUUAUAUUAAAGCAACAAAAUCAACUGACAAACAGGCGACUUGCUCUGUGAAUAUGAGCUUUGUCCUUUUUAUAGUUCACCAUAGAGUUGAGAUCAGUUCUGCUGCUGCUUCUCGUGUGGUUGUCUUACUUUUAGAAAUCAAAAGCCGAGAAGGAAACUGAACCAGGGCAGAGUGUUGCAAACAAGCAAACAUCAAUUCUGCAGCUUCUCACACCUCUGACCAGCAGACAGGAAAAUGAGCAGGGUCAUGAAGGUAUUGUCAGUUUCUAUAGAAGUCUCAGUUUGUCUCAGUCUCUAGUUUCAAGUUUUCCUCAAUUCAGCUGAUGUUCAUUUAGUAAACUAUGUGUGGAGACUGUGUGACGUUGGUUUACACUCAAUGGAAUCAUAUUGUAGAUCUUUUUUAUAGGACAGAAGUAAAGCGUGGAAGAGGGAGAGAAAGAGAGAGAGAGAGAGCGAGGAAGACGCGCAGCACGGGGCCGUGUUUGAACGUGUCGAUCUUCUCAUGUUGAGUCUGAGAUAAAGUCACUGAAACAGGUUCAACAGAGGAUGAAGCAUCCAAAUAAACAAAAGUAGAAAAUCA